GCACUAACCCGGAAAUCGCCCGGCCACAGCCGCAAAAUUCCGCCCAAAAUCAACCAAUUUUGGCACUAUUUUGUACCCCGAUAGUCCUUCUAGAGACAGGAAGAGGAGAUGUGCCUUCAAUCCGGCAGCUAGGAGCUACGAUUGUUGGGAACUGACGAAUAGAGGGAUUCACAAACCGGAGAGCGGAAGUUUGGGGAGUGUCGAGCGAGUUGCAUCCCCUUCCCAGCUGCAAGUGAUACCCGAGCAAACCCAUGUCUUUUACAAGAUGUCCGUGACGGACAAAGACAGUUGUGCCUGUAUCUCAGGCGGAAUGGGAAACCUUCUGAAGGUUCUGUCCAAGGAUGAUAACACACCAAAGGUGGACAUCUUCCUGGACUUUGAAAAUGCCCAGCCCACAGAGUCGGAGCAUGAGGUUCACCAGGUGGUAGAGAGAGUGCUGUCCACUUCACAUGGGCUGCUGAUAGAGCUGCAGCAGUACAAGGGAGCUGACAAUGAAAUCAGAGAGGCCAUAUCCAACCCCAGCAGAGACGACCUCCAGGAGAAGGCAUGGAGAGCUGUCUGUCCUUCUGUUAUCAAACUUAAAAAGUACUACGAGUAUUCCACAGAGUUAGAAAAUGUUUUACCACAGCUGUUGCAAGCGUUGUGUUCGGGGCCCUACACACCUACCCAGCACCUGGAGAGACAACAGGCUCUGGCUAAACAGUUCGCUGAGAUUCUACAUUUUACCUUGAAGUUUGACGACCUGAAGAUGAUGACCCCAUCCAUACAGAAUGACUUCAGUUACUACAGAAGAACACUCAGCAGAAUGAAGAUGAACAGCCAGUACAAGGUACAUGAUGGGGUGGGCAGUGUGUUUGAGGUGUCCAGUGAAGUUGCCAACAGAAUGUCCCUGUUUUAUGCAGAGGCCACACCCAUGCUCAAAACACUGAGCGAGGCCACCACCAGAUUUGUGUCGGAGAACAAACAUCUACCCAUCGAGAACACAACUGACUGCCUCAGCACAAUGGCAGCGGUGUGUAAGGUCAUGUUGGAAACACCGGAGUACUACCAGCGGUUUGAGAAUGAGGAGACCAUUUUGUUCUGCCUGAGGGUGAUGGUUGGGGUCAUCAUUCUGUACGACCAUGUUCAUCCUGUCGGCGCCUUCGCCAAGAAGUCGGGCAUCGACAUGAAGGGUUGUAUCAAGGUUCUCAGGGACCAGCCAGCAAGCAAGGUGGAAGGGCUACUGAACGCCCUCAGGUACACAACAAAGCACCUGAAUGAUGAGAGCACACCCAAGAACAUAAGGGCACUGCUGGCAUAGUGAACACAGAGGCGUGGUGGUGUGUGAUAUGGAGGAAAUAUUUUGUACAUCAAGUGGUAGAAUAAGUUUGUAAAGUCCAUAUUAUUAUAAUAAUUGUUGCUUAACUAACUUCUCGGUUACUCCCUGAUUUGCAGUGGUAUGGUCCAACCAGCCAUGAAUUUUUUGGUAGACUUGGUCUCUUCCAUUUAAAUGGCGGGGAGAACCGACCAGAGUUGGAAUGGAAACCACACGUUCCAAUGUUAGCACGACUUCAGUUCAAGUUCUAUACAAAUACGUGCCUUGUAGAAUUCGUUUUUUCAGGUUGACGUGUGGAAAGUAUGGUUUUUACUCUUUCUUUGUGUGAUAGCAAUGCUGUACUUGUAAAAGGUUUUGACAGACUUUAUAUGCUGAUUACUAUAAUAUAAAUCCAUUUGUACCAUGCAAUUUUUUCCAAAACGAAUGGUGCUGAAUUCCUAUUAGAGAUGGAGUUUUCUUCUGUCCCAGACUGGAUGUAGUGGGCCACUGCUGUAGGAGCCAUGGUAGAAAGCCACCAAUAUGGCUGGGUCAUUCUACAAUGUUGCAGAAACUACUGGUACCAGUUGGCCUGUUGGCUGUUUUGUUGGAAUUUUAUUAUGGUACACAAAUUGUUGUUUGAAGGUAUGGGUUGGAAACAAGACAUUUUGUUAACGUCUAUCAUAGUGACUUCAACCUAUACCACUUGUGUAGCAAUGUUGUCUUUGAACAGUUUUAUUCAUUUCAGUUUGGACAUCAUAAAUGUCGUAUUGAUUCAUCUCAACUGGAAUGGAUGAAAUUGUUCCAGAUGUUGAACUGUUGUUACCACUCUAAUCAACACGACUUACCUAAUGCAUUUGUAUGGUAUGGCAGCUUGUACUAUUCACAACUCCUCAUGGUUUCAUAGUCGUGUCGUUCGUGUGAGUAUCUCAUAUAUUUAUGUACUGUAGCGAGUUCUCCAUUGGCUCAAAAUCUCAGAGUAAUGAGGAUGUAUUACACAAAUAGGACUGUGAAAUCAUUACCCUAAUCCCUGCUGUCUCACUGGUACAAUUGUGGUAUCAGAAUGCAGCAUAACCAGGGAGAAAGUUAAAUUUUGUUUCUGCAAGUUGCUGCACCACAGAACGGCAAGGAAAUCAUUCGGUGUGCAGCAAAGUGGUGGAAACUCUUGCACACGACCUUCCAUCAAACCCUUGGGGUGCACCAAUUUAUUUUCUUGGUUCUCAAAUAAGAAUUUAGUACGAGUACAGCAUGAAAAACGGCUGUGAAGAAUGUCAUGAAUGUUCGCUCCCUGGAACUGCGUGCACGAAGCAUGUUGAAGAAGUUUAGAUGUCCAAUCAAAUAUUAGAUACACAGUGGAAUUGUUCUUCAAGCUUUUACACUGCAUGAGGUCAGUCACUGAUAAAAGAUACUGAAUGAUCUUUGAAACACCUGGCUGUUCAGAAAAUGUAUCCAGUUUCUUGAAUCACUUUUGUAUUGUAAAUGUACUAAAGUACAGACUUUCCAUUCAUUCUCUGUUUUUAUGUGUGGCUUCCAGUUAAGCAUUGUUCUUCAAAUCUGAGAACCAACUAAAUAUUUUGAUAUGUCCCUAGAUACAAUGAAUUUAAGAUUAAAACUUCCAUAUCUAAAAAGUACUUUUUAAAACAUGACGGGUAGCAAGCCUAAACAUUUUAUAUUCAUAAAUCUUAAACAUACCAUUGUCUGCAACCUUUGAUGCAUCUGUACAUAUCUGACAUGGGUCUAAUAUGUGUUUCACUGUUUGCAGUGUGUCUGGUUGACCUUGUGGAACAAGUGUGUCUCGGUUGUUGUGAAAAAUACCUGCACAUUUGAUCAAACUAGCAGUAUGUGAAUCUUUACAGCAAUGGCUUGUUCAAAGCAACUGUGGUGCCAUUAAUUACACAUUUGUAAGAAAAUCCUGAAUGUAGAUCAUGUGAAUACACCAUGAAGCACUCACAAAACAGAUUCUAUGUUAUGUACGUAUAUAUCAGUAGAAUGUACAUACAUCUGGUAGUCAUGCUAUCUUACAUGUAUCCACCAGUGCCAUGUCACUUACAAAAAGACAAAAUAUUCUAUGUAUGUAAAUUUUUCCUCUUAUUUGGACAAAGCUGAAAGUCGUAGAGUAAUACAUUUUUUGCAGUAGAGUAUUAUAUGAAAUAUUAUAUGCAAAUGUGAUAAUUGUAAAUCCAGAGAUGUGUGGACAGGGAGUAGAGAUUUUACAUUGAAAAUGUGAUAUUUGAUAAAAACGUUAAGGUGAUUGGCCAAAAUACAGUGAAUUUGUACAAGCUUUGUGUAGUGGGUAUUUUAAGCCCAGAUGUCACCUUUGUAAAUACUGCGUAGGUUUGUUCCUUAGGGCUUCCUACAUUGCACCAGUACAGGUGACAAUGGGGAUAAAUGUAAUUUAUUUCCUGGAUGAUUCGAUGUUUAUGACAGGGUUUUCUCUUCUACCAUCUCAGCAUGCCCCAUGCUCAAUCUUGCAUCAUUUGACCUCAUUCUAACAUUUUUUUCCUUCAUAUUAGACAUAACUUUGUCAAGAUGGUGAUUGGCCAUAUGUUUUGACGGCCAUUAAUAACAAGAUUCCUCCGAAUGAUGGAAUUACAGAUACUGGGAAAACCCUGGAAUAGACUGGUGUUAGGACCUGGUCACAUGCGUCAUAUGAUCACCAUACGAUCACAGUCUUUGGGUAUUCAUGGGACAGUAUUGCACAUGUCUUGUAAAAUUCAGCUGUCCUGUUACGGAAAAGACGGUCUUAGAUCCUAGUCAGCAGUUGGUUCUGUCACACCCUGCUCAAAAAAUUCUACUUUAUCAAAAUUGUACGACAGCCUAAGACGAUUGUGACCGUACCGUAAGUAGCACUAGCCUCCGUCGUAGACUUCAAGCUGGGCUGGCUUUUAUUUUAGGGUGGGCUGGUUUGCAAUUUUUAACAUUGGCUAGGUUCUCUUAUGGUGGAAAGGAGUUUGCCCCAUUCAAGACCUAACCAACGUUGAAAAUCUCAAACAAGAGAACCUCCUAAAAAGCCGGCCCCACUCAAAGUCUGCAAUGGAGGCUAAAGUAGCACAUCAUUAUUGCUGGUGGCAACUUGUAGCCCUGCCUGCAUAGAUGGUAAAACCCCCUUAGGGUUAUAGUUGACGUUCUCCAAAAUGUUUUCACAUAUGCUGGUGAAUAUCUUGAGCUGACCAACAGCUGUGUUUGAUUGAAUUUCUUGCACUUUUUAUUCAGUGAAGAAAAGAUGUUUUGCAGACUGGAUCACUGUUAGUGAUAGAAGCACACAUAACAGUGGAUGUAACAUACAUGGUGUGUAGAGUGUAUAUUGUAAAA